CUCUGUUAAGCAGACGAAGCAGCAGCAGCAGUUAGGGUUUACCCAAUCCGUACAGAUCCAACGACCCUCCUUCGCUUCACUGCUAGAUUGGUCAAGAGUCAAGAUGUAUACCACCAAGAGGAAAAUCCAAAAAGACAAGGAUGCCGAGCCCACUGAAUUUGAAGAGACAGUUGCACAGGCAUUGUUUGAUUUGGAGAAUACCAACCAGGAGUUGAAAAGUGACUUGAAAGAUCUUUUCAUUAACCAAGCAAUUCAAAUGGAUGUUUCUGGAAAUCGCAAAGCCAUUGUUGUUUAUGUUCCUUAUAGACUGAGGAAGGCUUACCGCAAGAUUCAUCUUCGCCUUGUUAGAGAGCUGGAGAAGAAAUUCAGCGGAAAGGAUGUUGUUAUGAUUGCCACCCGAAGGAUAUCAAGGCCACCAAAGAAAGGCUCUGCUGUUCAGCGACCUCGCUCCCGCACACUUACAGCUGUUCAUGAUGCCGUCCUUGAGGAUGUAGUUUAUCCAGCUGAGAUUGUUGGGAAACGUGUUAGAUACCGUCUCGAUGGCUCCAAAAUCAUCAAGAUUUUCUUGGAUCCCAAGGAGAGAAACAACACUGAGUACAAGCUGGAGACAUUUUCAGGAGUCUACAGGAAGCUUACUGGGAAAGAUGUUGUUUUUGAUUAUCCAAUUACAGAGGCAUGAAGAGUUGGGAAUGGCUUUAUGUUUUGCGUUGUUAUUUAAAUUGAGCUUUACAAUUGCUUUGAAUAGGGUACUACAAAUUUUGACUCUGAAAUUUGGUAUGAUGCCUCUCUUUUGCAAAAUAGGACAGAUUAAACUUAUUUGAUUUUCAAUCUCUUUCUCUUGCAAAUUGUUGAGCUGGAAAAACCUCAUACCUUUGCGUAGAAGUGAAAUUUAUUUGUUUAGUGUGUUACAAUA